UACUCCAACCUCUUUCUCUGUCUCUCUAUCUCCCUCCCUUCCUUCCUGUUCUUUUGAAGAACUCGUGUUAUUGAAUCAUAGGAAUAACAAAUUAUCUGGUGUCUCAUGAUUUGGUUCUCUUGACAUUGUUUUUGGAAUCAUUUUCUAUUGCUGUUCCCUUGUUUUUCCUUUGGAAUCAAAACCCAAUUAAGUAUUUUGAUGUUUAAUUCUUAUCAUACAAAGAUUAACCCUGAAGAAUUUGAAGUCAGCAAACUGCUUGGAGAAACCCAAAUGUGUUUUAUAUCUCUUUGUUCAUUUUCUUACCUCUGUUCACUAUUAUCACUUGCAAUUAGAUUAGUUAAGAGGAAGGCUGGACAUGACAGAUAACCUUGCAAUGAUGUUGAUAUUCUAUUGGAGUAUUAAGUAGUCAAAUUACUCUGAAAAAAGAGAUGGCAUUAAGACCUUCAGUGUCAAUUCAAAAUCUACCAACCUUACUCUGCUGCCUAAAACCCACUUUUCACUCCAAAGAGAUAAUGUCUCCUCAGAAGCUUCUCCAAUCCAAUAUCAAUAGAAGAAUAGGAGCAAUAGUUGCAGUUGGUUCAGUUAUAUUGGCAAGGAAAGCAAUACUGAAACCAGAAAUUGCAUUUGGGUUGGAUAUGAGAAUGGUAGCUCCUGAUCAAACAAUUGAAGAGGCAGAGAGUGUAAUUAGAGACCAUGCUCAAUCUUUGUUAGAUAUUAAAGGUUUGCUAGAGUCAGAAUCUUGGCGUGAAGCUCAGAAAGAGCUGCGACGAAGCUCAUCAAACUUGAAACUCGACAUUUAUACCAUAAUUCAAAGUAAACCUGGAAGUGAAAGGCCUCAGCUGAGGAAGCUCUAUUCUGAUCUAUUCAAUAAUGUUACCAAGCUAGAUUAUGCAGCAAGAGACAAAGAUGGCUCGCGUGUAUGGCAAUACUAUGGAAAUAUUGUUGUGGCCCUUGAUGACAUCUUGCAUAGAAUUUAAGACCAAUAACCAUUAUGAACUAGUACUUUGUGCAACUUAUAAUUCUGUCACUAAUAUUGUGACCACACAACAAAGUAAUUCUCUCCUACUGUGAUUAUUGUCAAUUUACCAUUCUGUCAAUUUUAUUAAUCAUAACAAAUUCUACUUAAA